UGUUUUUUGUGUGCGAGUGUGUGUGUGUGUUGAACUGAGCGGAGGUGAAGAAGAGGAGGAUGAAGCUGGGAGCGGAGGAUGGGAGGAAGAGUGGAGUAAGAGACAGGCUAGCUGUGUGUGAAUGAGUGAGUGAGAGAGGAAGAGGAGAGGAAGGUCGUCUGAGGGACCGAAAACAAAGACUUGGAUUUUUUGGGGAUAACCUCCGGAACCUUACUAACGGAAACUUUCAACUUUUUACCCGCCACAGCUCGGCUCGUAGUGCCCGGAGCCGGCUUUGUUUCACGGCGGGGGUGUCUACGAUAAAUGAAGGAAUAAAAUAGAUCCCCAUCGACCUUUUUCUACCCAAGCGGGGAAUACCCUGGGACUGUUUUUGCUAAAGGUUACGAGAGAAUGGCGGCCAACAUGUACCGAGUGGGAGAUUACGUGUACUUUGAGAACUCCUCCAGCAACCCCUACCUGAUCCGCAGAAUAGAAGAGCUCAACAAGACAGCCAAUGGGAACGUGGAGGCAAAGGUGGUGUGUCUCUUCAGGAGGCGAGACAUCUCAGGCAACCUCAACACCCUGGCUGACAGCAAUGCAAGAGAGUUCGAGGAGGAGUCGAAGCAGCCAACGCUGUCUGAACAACAGAAACACCAGCUCAAACACAGAGAACUCUUCCUGUCUCGACAGUUUGAAUCUUUACCUGCUACUCACAUACGGGGGAAAUGUAACGUCACCCUCCUCAAUGAAACAGACGUUUUGGCUGGCUACCUGGAUAAAGAGGACUGCUUCUUCUACUCGUUGGUGUUUGACCCUGUCCAGAAGACCCUACUGGCAGACCAGGGUGAGAUCAGGGUGGGCUCCAAGUACCAGGCAGAGAUCCCCGACAAGCUAGCCGAGGGUGAAUCAGACAACCGGGUCCAGGAGAAGCUGGAGACCAAGGUGUGGGACCCCAACAAUCAGCUCAAAGACCCUCAGAUUGACCAGUUCCUGGUGGUGGCAAGAGCUGUGGGGACAUUUGCUCGGGCGCUGGACUGCAGCAGCUCCAUUCGCCAGCCCAGCCUCCAUAUGAGCGCAGCUGCAGCCUCAAGAGACAUCACACUGUUCCACGCCAUGGACACGUUGCAGAAGAACAACUAUGACCUGGCCAAAGCCAUGUCCACCCUGGUUCCUCAGGGGGGUCCGGUGCUAUGCCGUGAUGAGAUGGAGGAGUGGAGCGCGUCAGAGGCCAUGCUAUUCGAGGAGGCUCUGGAGAAAUAUGGCAAAGACUUCAACGACAUCCGCCAGGACUUUCUGCCCUGGAAGUCUCUAGCCAGUGUGGUCCAGUUCUACUACAUGUGGAAGACCACCGACCGCUACAUCCAACAGAAACGACUAAAGGCGGCAGAGGCAGACAGCAAGCUGAAGCAGGUGUACAUCCCCACCUACACCAAACCCAACCCCAACCAGAUCAUGGUUCCAGGCAGCAAGCCCGGCAUGAACGGCGCAGCAGGCUUUCAGAAAGGACUCAGCUGUGAGAGCUGCCACACGGCCCAGUCUCCUCAGUGGUAUGCCUGGGGGCCUCCCAACAUGCAGUGCAGACUGUGCGCCUCCUGCUGGAUCUACUGGAAGAAGUAUGGAGGCCUCAAGACCCCCACACAGCUAGAGGGCGCUGCUAGAGCUGGCUCUGAGUCAGGCCCUCGGGGUCACAUGACACGCCAGGAGGUCCAGGGCAUGUCGCCGUUCACCCGCAAUGAGGGUCGAGCCAAGCUGCUGGCCAAGAACCGCCAGACAUUCAUCCUGCAGACCACCAAGCUGACCCGCAUUGCCCGGCGGGUGUGCGAGGACAUCCUGCAGCCCCGGCGCGCCGCACGGCGGCCCUAUGCCUCCAUCAACGCCAACGCCGUCAAGGCUGAGUGUAUGAUCCGGCUGCCCAAAGCCACAAAAACUCCUACAAAGAGCAAGUUGGUGCCUCGACAGUCGCUGGCCACCAUAGUGAAGGAUUUAGCCAUCUCAGCUCCUCUGAAACUGAAGGCGUCUAGAGGACCCCCAACACCCAUCAACAGGAAUCAGGCCAGCCAGCCUCGUGUGGGCCAAAGCCUUCUGGGAAAGAGAGGCUUCGACAGCGCUGCAGGGGUGCCCUACCCAGCCAACGGGAGGCCGUACACUUCAGGUAUGAGGACCACCUCUCAGUCUGUCAUCAAGCGGCAGAAGGUCAGCCAAGGGGAGGCACCCAACCCCGUGGUGUUUGUGGCUACAAAGGACACCAGGGCUCUGAGGAAACACCUGACCCAGUCGGAGAUGCGCCGGGCAGCGCGGAAGCCUCAUCUCUUGGUUCGGAUCAAGCUGCCGCCACCCCCUCGCUCCCUGGCCAUGCCCCUGCUCCCCUCCAGCACCAGCGAACCCAUUGUCCUGGAGGACUGAAGGGGGAGGGACAUGGGGGUUCUUCCAACAGGACACAGGGGGUUGGGUGGGAGUUGGGGAGGGUCUGUGCUCAGGCCAUCGACUUAACAGGCAGCACAGUACGCCAUACCAGUAGUCUUUUAUUUUCCCUCUUUUCAGUGUCAUUUUUCUUUAGUCCUCUGUUACUUCCCAAAUGUUGUGUCCAACACACACACACACACACACACACACACACACACUCAGAUGACUGUACAUUUCAUAUUAAACACACAGCAUCAGCACUCACACAACGCCUUGGGCUUUGUAGUAUUUUAUUCCAGACCCUGAUUUAUUUUGCUCCCCUUUUUCAAUGCCGCCUGUUUUUAAAUGUGUAAUUUAAAUCAAGAUCCUGAAACAAUGGUGAUAAAGCACACUUUGUUUUUCCUCCACGUCUCUAUCUUUGUGUAAAUAUAUGCAUCAUUUAAGGGGCGAAACCCACAGUAUGGAAGGAGAAUGGGGGGCAGGGAAGUGGAAACGGGAGACAGUGCAGGACAGCUGUAGCCGGCUGAAGGUCUAAUCUGAUUUGGAGAUUUCACUCAUACACUCCUUUACUCCAUUCCAGCAGGGGGGAAAGUGUGGCUGUAGCUCAUUGACUGUGCACAGGUUCAUUGGUCAAGCUGAGGACAAGUGUUGACAGAGCUACCCUCCCAUCAUCAGCCUGUUACAGGGGUUAAUAAAUCCUGACGGGUCAAGUCCUUCCCAUCUGCACUUUUUUAACAUCCUCCAUCUUAUGGAAGUCCCUCAGUGUCGAAUAGCAAGUGAGCACAAAACAACUUUAGCAGUGUGAAAGUUUUUAAAAGGUUUUAUCACUCAUACAAAAUCUAAAGCGCAACCCUGUUAGACAACUCCUUUGAAGUAGUAUGAUCAAUCUUAGGACAGCAAAGAACCAUUAGUUUCAUUAUAUAUUAUACUGCGAAUCUUCUUAAUUUAUUUGAAAAUUGCAGUUGACCCUUCCUAAGCCCCGCCCUUUUUUGCUCUGUGCUCCAAUAACCGUUUCUCCCUUUUAUAUACUUAUUUAUGCUAUAUGCUAAGAUAAUCUUAUGUUGAAAAGAGAGACAAAUUUUGAAGACGGUUAAAAGAUAAAAUCGACACAUUUGAAUUGGCUAAUGUUAGCAAAAUGCCAGUUAACUAGCUAGCUAAUCUACAUCAAUCGUUAGCUAGCUAGUUACAUCUGAUAGCUAAUGUUAGUGAAAUGCUAGCUUACUAGCUAGCUAAUUUACAUCAAUCAUUAGUUAGCUAGCAUUUCACUAACAUUAGCUAGCUUACUUACGAUGUGAAUAUAUAUGUCGCUUUUAUCUUUUAAACAUCUUCAAAAUGUGGUUGUCUUUUUAACAUAGACGAGCCUAGCACAUACCAUAUCAAAGAAAAUGAAAGAAAGAAGAUGACCGAGUCUUGCCCAUCUCUUAUUGGAGCACAGAGCAAAAAGGGGUGGGACUUAGGAAGGGUCAAUUCUCCAAAGCCCAAGGGGACAUCUUGAAAUUGCUUGUUUUGACCGACCAAUUGCUAAACCCUGUCUGUGUUUGUAGAGCUCUACUUAAGUUAGUUUUGUACUCACUUGAUAGUUUUGUUAUUAAUAGCCCUCCAUACCGUCUCAACCUUUGCAUCACAGUAGUCAUUUUCUAAGAAACUGAACGAGGGUUGUUGUUGCAGUCGAGCUGCAUUUUGUCUUUCGUCUCCCGUCACUUGAUCGCUGCGCUUUUAUAGCCACUUUUAGCUGGUUUGAAGAGACCCUGGCUCCUGUACUCUUGACUUCACCCCAAGAGGUUUGAACAGGCAGUCUGGAAUCAAAGGGGAGAGGAUCAUUGCUGAAGUCAUCAUUGGAGUCUGUAGGUUUACAGUGUAGCAGGGAUCAUAUGUAGUGUUUGAGGUAAUUCAAAUGAUUGUGGUUACCAUGGAGUUGCUGUGUGACUUGCCAUGACAAGAGAACACAUUUGGCUUUGAGGUACUAUGUUUGAGUCUGCAAAAGUCCAAAAUGAAGCCAUAAUGUGCAAAAAAAAAAAAGGUGGACGUCCAUUGUGAGUGGACACGUUUUAACCCUGCAGUAAUGUUUAGACUAAGGCCACAGCAUUUCUGACAAUAUACAGUUUGGUUGGUUAGAGUGAAACUGACAGAAUUAUGUUACUGGUCAGUUGAUAAAAGUCUGUUAAUAAAGAAACAAUUUGUAAAUGUACAGAAGGCAAUUAGGGCCAAACAUUAAGUUCUGAAAUUAAUGUUACAAAUUGCAAAAAGAGUCUGAGAUUAAAGUCAUGCCUUUUGUCCCAGUAUUGAUUCAUUCAGAGCUUAUAUGGCCUUAAUCCUCUUCUGUAAAUGUGGAACAGAAGUGAUGUUUUUGAUUGUGAUUAGGUAUGAAGACGAUGUGAAAGGAAUCUUCAGCUGUCUCAACUUUUGCUUUGUUUACUUUCCCGCCUGUUUGUACCGUUAUGAAAGGGUGUGUACUAAAAGUAAGUUGUUAAUUGGAUAAUUAUAAUUCCUCUGUAUCCCACAGCCUGUGGGUGGCCACAGCAGCGAGUGCUUACACUGGUUUUAUAAGCAAGUUUGGUCCCAAUGUGGGCUUUGUAAUAUUUCUCAAAAGAAAAAAAAAAGAAAUUGAAGUGUUCAGUUUGUAGCAAAUACUAAUCUGUGUAAAGAAAAGUGGAAAACUGGCAUAUUUUAAACUUUUUUACAUCUAAAGUGUGUAAUUCUGCUCCAGUAUUGUGGAGAUGGCUCUAAAAGGCUACUGUACAUGUGAAACAUUGCUCUCCUUCAUAGGGAUGGGUGGGGUGGUCAUUUGAACCGAGGCGACAUUCAAAAGGGACGGGGUGCUGAUUUUUGUAUGAUGGAGAGACAAACAUGCUACAAUUGAAACUUUUUUCUCAAGUGUUUUUUAUUCCAAUGUCUCUGUAUCCUUUAAUGUAUCUUGAUAAGAAAAGAAAUAAAGAUUUUUUUUU